AUGGGCUCAAACAUCUUGCGAAACUGGUUCGUGCCUAAGGAGGGCAUUAACCGCUCUGUCAUCUCUGCAGACAUACAGAAAUAUCUAGGCAACGAUGCGACCGUUCGUCCAGGCAAAGAUAAAGAGAUCGAAGGCUACUGGAUCAAAGCAUACAGAAACCUCACUUCAGAAAUGAUCAACGACCUCCGAACGGCCUCGACCAAAUGGGAGCAAGAACAGCGUUCCGGUCGUCGAGGCGCUUACGAAGAGUCGCACACGUAUAGACAGGCUGCCAAUUCUGGGACUAACGGCAAUGGCCCCUAUCGCGCCAGUACAAACUCGCCCCAGCUCAGUGGUGAUGUCUACCUUCCUUCCAACGGCCAUGUAUCUCACGCUGCCCCACGGAUGCCCAUCGCCGAGAUGCCUUCGUAUGAGGAUCCCAGACGGAUGUAUGCUGCUCCACCCCAUUCCGCGGCUCCUGUUACUUCUGCAUAUGGAGAUCCCUCUAUCUAUCCCACACACCAACCUAGGCCGGUAGCCAGUGGAUAUGGUCCCCCCGGAGAUUUCUACAAUGGUCAUCCCGGAUAUGCUCAUGAAGCUGCUCCUCCGCCCCAUGUCAGAGGUCCUCCUCAGUAUCCUCCCCAGUAUCCUACAGGUCACAGAGACCCCAGGGAUGAUCCCAGAUAUGCCCCGGAAUACCAGGAUCCGAUGAGAUACACUAACUACCCCCCGGUAUCUGUCGCAUCAAAUGGAGCUCCAGGCCCGCAGACCACAAGUAAUUACCCUCCGCCUCGCUUGCAACAGUUCGAUUCAUACGGACGCCCCUAUCCUGCGUCAACGCCUAUGCCCGACCAGUCUUAUGCUCGUCCGUCUCCUUCUGUAGACCCAUCCGCGUAUGGUCGUGAACGUCCCUCUGCUCCUCCUGGCUCAGAACGUGGCGCUCCUCGUCGUAGAAUCAACUAG